GUGGCAGCUCAGUCACAUGACGGAGCGGGUGACGAUGGCGGUGGUGGUGAUGGCGGUGUAAAGACGUAUCUCUCUGCUGUGUCUCUCUGUGUGUCUCUCUCUGCUGUGUCUCUCUGUGUCUCUCUGUCUGUGUCUCCACCACCGCCGCUCCACCACCGCCGCUCCUCCUCCGCCGCUCCUGCCCCGACUCCGCUUCCUCCUCUGACGUUUGGAAGUUUCGCGGCGACCCGCGGGGCGAUGGGGCCGAGUCGGCGCUGAGUCGGGACUGGGACGGGGCCUCCUCCCCAGUGAUAUGUCCGGGGCAGGGGGCGCACCCCCCAAGGCGACGCUGCUCAAGGUGAUCCUGCUGGGAGACGGCGGCGUGGGCAAGAGCUCGCUCAUGAACCGCUACGUGAGCAACACCUUCGACGCCCAGAGCUUCCACACCAUCGGCGUCGAGUUCCUCAACAAGGACCUCUCCGUGGACGCACGUGCGGUGACGAUGCAGAUCUGGGACACGGCGGGGCAGGAACGGUUCCGCAGCCUGCGCACGCCCUUCUACCGCGGCUCGGACGCCUGCCUGCUCACCUUCAGCCUGGACGACGCGCACUCGUUCCGCAGCCUGGACGCGUGGCGCUCCGAGUUCGCGUACUACGCGGACGUCGCAGCCCUUGACGCCUUCCCCUUCGUGCUGCUGGGGAACAAGCUGGACCUGCCGCACAGAGAGGUGUCGGCGGAGGAGGUGUCGGCGUGGUGCCGUGCGCGUGGCGACGUGCCCUACUUCGAGACGAGCGCCCGCGACUCCACCAACGUAGCCCUGGCCUUCGAGGAGGCCGCCCGGCGCGCCAUCACCUCCGACCUGCGGCAGGCCGGCGGCGGCGGCUCCUUCACGGCGACGGACACGGUGUCGCUGGGUCGCCGUGGCGACGGCAACUCCUCGCGGUCCUGCUGCUAGCACCCUCCCCUCCCCCACCACCCUCCCCCACCACCCUCCCCUACCAACACCACCCCCAGCUAAGACCGCGGGGCUCGUAGGGACGGCUGCCACUAGCAGCGAGGGGGGUGGGUGGAAUUUCCCCCCCCCCGUCCAGAUUUUGUUUUCGAUUUAGAAAAAAAAAAGUUAAUUGGUUGAAAAUUACCACGGCAACGUCCUCCCCCCCCCCCUCACUCCUCCGCCCCCUCCUUACCGCCAGGUACCGAUUCACCUGGAGGCCAACACAGGGACAGCUGCCAGUAGGAGGGGAGGUUGGGGCGGGGGGUGUUGGGGGUAGCGUGGCCGUGUCGGGAGGUGCCGAGCCGUUGGUGGCGGCAGUCGCGUUCGCAUUUGUGGUGGCGAUAGUGGCGGCGGUGGUGGUGGUUGUGGUGGCGAUAGUGGCGGCGGUGGUGGUUGCGGUGGUGGUGAUGGUUGCGGCGGCGGUGGUGGCGGCGGCGGUGGUCGCCUCUCGGCCCCACGGCAGAUGUCCGCGAGGUGCUUUGGAUACCUGCGAAGUCUCCAGCUGUAAUGUCGGACGACCGUGUCGGCCUGCGGCAGAUUUGUCCGGGACGCUUUGCGCCUGAACUUGGAAGGGCCCCAGCGAUAUCGGCCUCCGCGGAUGUUGACGUGUGGAAAUCCGGUUGUGAAGCGUCGCUUGCGUAGGCAGGCCUUUCCUGCUCCACACCGCCAGGGCCUCAGCAGCCUGCGGCUCUCGCCUGGACAAGGCCCGGGCUUGGUAUGGCCGAGCAGGAAAGCACCGGACCGGGUCCAAGCCGAAUUUAAACUCCCGCAAUGUUUUUGUUUGUUUGACGUUUGUAUUUAACAAACUUACACCUCGGCACUGAAUUGUGUGUGGGGUAAGGGGGGGGGCGAGACUUAGGCCCCAAUGGGUUGAUUUGAUUGUGGGGUGCCCAGCAUAUGGGGUAAGCUGAGGCUUGCCGAGCCCAACGAAGGCUUCAAGCUUGGCGGUAAUCUUUCUGACUUUGACUUCUUUGGCUCUCCUUCAUAUUCAUCUCAGAACUCCGUGAAUCCCUCCCCUCCAACUCAAGUAUAUAGCCUGACUCUUCCAGGAUCAGAGACUUGGCUCAGGCCGGGUUCCAGGAUCAGAGUCUUGGGUCUGGCCGGGUUCCAGGAUCAGAGACUUGGCUCAGGCCGGGUUCCAAGAUCAGAGUCUUGGGUCAGGCCGGGUUCCAGGAUCAGAGUCUUGGGUCUGGCCGGGUUCCAGGAUCAGAGACUUGGCUCAGGCCGGGCUCCAGGAUCAGAGACUUGGCUCAGGCCGGGUUCCAAGAUCAGAGUCUUGGCUCAGGCCGGGUUCCAAGAUCAGAGUCUUGGCUCAGGCCGGGCUCCAGGAUGAGGGUCUUGGGUCAGGCCGGGUUCCAAGAUCAGAGUCUUGGCUCAGGCCGGGUUCCAAGAUCAGAGUCUUGGCUCAGGCCGGGCUCCAGGAUGAGGGUCUUGGGUCAGGCCGGGUUCCAAGAUCAGAGACUUGGCUCAGGCCGGGUUCCAAGAUCAGAGUCUUGGCUCAGGCCGGGCUCCAGGAUGAGGGUCUUGGGUCAGGCCGGGUUCCAAGAUCAGAGUCUUGGCUCAGGCCGGGUUCCAGGAUCAGAGUCUUGGGUCAGGCCGGGUUCCAGGAUGAGGGUCUUGGGUCAGGCCGGGUUCCAGGAUCAGAGUCUUGGGUCUGGCCGGGCUCCAGGAUGAGGGCAGUGCAACGCUUCGUUGUGGAGAACGGUCCACGGAAGCGGACAUGACGGAGUUACCUCUGCCUCACGUGACCUCAGGUGACCUCAGGUGGCCUCAGGUGACCUCUCGUCCACGCACAGUAGGGGGCAGCAACUCUCCAAGUUGCCCCGCUACGUCCAGUGUCGCGUUCAUCACGUGACGGUCAAUCCAAUGUUGCUCAUUACCAGAGCUGGAAUUUAGCCAAGUUAAAUGCAGAACCAAAUUUAAUGUGUUAGUUUUUUUUGUGUGCAGUCGCUGGUCUAAUACCAACCACUCGCUACACUUGAGAACCCGGUUUAAUGACAACUCACUCUGUGCGAGUCUGUGGGUCUCCGUGCGAGUCUGUGGGUCUCUGUGCGAGUCUGUGGGUCUCCGUGCGAGUCUGUGGGUCUCCGUGCGAGUCUGUGGGUCUCCGUGCGAGUCUGUGGGUCUCUGCGAGUCCGUGAGUCGAUAAAAAUCCGGUGUAAUCACUGUGGUUUGGGUAGCUGAAACCCGGAUUGGAAGCCGAAAUUCUCAGCGGUGCUGUCAGAUCGGCACCACCCACCCGGUCUCCUCCACCCACCCACCCACCUGGUCUCCUCCACCCCUCCACCCACCCAGUCUCCUCCACCCACCCACCCACCCCUCCACCCACCCCUCCACCCACCACCCACCCACCCGGUCUCCUCAGUCCACCCACCCACCCGGUCUCCUCCACCCACCCACCCACCCCUCCACCCACCCACCCACCCCUCCACCCACCCACCCACUCACCACCUCAAUCCGAUAUCGCCGCAUCUGCUGCUCACUCGACGUCUCGUUCCAUUGCCGAUUACUUUGGGAUGAUACAAAACAAGAGGGUAAAUGUAUGUUGCCGUAAUUACGAUUAGUUGCUGUUAUUAUAAAUUUGGUUUUAAAUGAAUGUUCACGCGUUAAGCAAAUAUUACCACACCUGGGGAUAAGUGUGUGGUGCUGGUGUUGGGGUGAGUGGGUGUGUAGGGUGAGUGGGUGUGUAGGGUGUGUAGGGUGGGGGAGCGUAUUUGGGUGAGUGAACAAACGAGGCGGUGGGCGAGCGAGUGAGUGGAUUGAAUUGUGGGCGAGUGAGCGAGAGAAUUAAAUUCUAGGAGUGAGCGUGUGUGAGUGAGCGGUGAGUGAGCAUGUGAGUGAGUGAGAGGGUGUGUGAGUGAGUGUGUGAGAGUGUGUGUGAGUGAGAGCGUGAGUGAGUGGGUGUGUGAGUGAGUAAGAGCGUGAGUGAGUGUGUGUGAGUGAGUGUGUGUGUGAGCGAGUGAGUGAAUCGUGUAAAUGGGAGGAGGAUGGGGGAGGGUGGUUUACUCGCUCACUCGCCCGUACGUGCUGACGACAGAGUUUGUCAAACUUGACAGGAGUUCUAAUAAAGGCGACUGACAGUGACGA